AUGGCUAAUACCCUUGUGGCCGAGGGAGGACGGCGAGACAUAGAAGGACGCCAGGCUCCACUUGUUGCCGAUAGUGAUGAGGACGACGGGCUCCACUCGUGGCCGACGACGAAGACAAAGAAGACGAAGACGAAGACGAAGACGAAGAAUCCAGACGCAGAAGGCGAAGUCGUCACCGCUGACAAUGCAGAGGGAGGACGACGACCCAUCUAUGGUUUGAUGCCUGCGAUCCGACCUGCUGAAAAGACAAUGAUACCCCGCCACCGUCGACGAUUGCAGAGCCCAGACGCAGAGCCUAGACAACAGACCCAUCUCCCUCCAUCAUCCGAUCCAAUCGGAAGCAAUCCAAAAGCAGGAUUUCCUUAUCUCUCCUAUUUGCUCCUGUCUUCUACAGAGACGGAGAGAAAGCCACUGCCGGAAAAUCAUGGCCGCCGCCAGUCAUCAGGAAGGUCCCUCGAAGAAACUCCGACCUGGGCCUUUGCCGCCGUCUGCUUCUGCAUCAUCUCCGUAUCCAUCCUCAUAGAGCACUCCAUCCACCUCCUCGCCAAUUGGCUCAAGAGGCACAGGAAGACCGCCCUGUUCGACGCCGUGGACAGGCUCAAAUCCGGUGCUCGACAAACACUGAUAAAUCUCCAUUCCUUAGUUAAUCCUCGGAAAGCUUAUAUUGCUGGGUUUCAUGUCGCUCAAACUAGCCGUGACCCAGGACCGGAUCUCCAACAUAUGCAUCCCCCCAACGGUCGCAGACAUCAUGCUUCCCUGCAAGCAGGCGGCGCCCCACCCUCGGACACCGCCGAGGAAUCGGAGCACUUCUCCGUCGGCCUCUUCAGCGGGAACUUUAGUGUCCGAUUGAUGGCGCCACCGAGGCGACUGGCGGAGGAUGAAGAAGCCGCGGACUCUUGCACUGCGAAAGUAGAGAGAGAAAGAGAUGAACCGAAGGGAAUGCUCCAUUGGUGUCGCGGAAGGGAUUCAUCAUCAGCUUCACAUCUUCAUUUUUGUGCUGGCGGUUAUGCAAAUUGUUUACAGCGUCAUCACCAUGGCUUUGGGCAGGCGAAGAUGAGGCGUUGGAAGGCUUGGGAGGAAGAAACUCAAACAACCGAGUAUCUAGUCGCAAAUGGUAUGUCUAUACAUACUCUCAUCUGUCAACAUUGUCCGGCUGCUUGUACUCUGCGUCCACGCUUGACUUUACCAAAUUCACGAGAAACAGAUUUGCAAAUAUUCUUAUUUAUUUAA